AUGGAGGCGGCGGCUCCCGGUGCGAAGAAGAGGAGAGCAGAGGCGCCGGAGACCGGCACGUCCUCGACGCCGGCGACAGCGGCCACGGAUACGCCCACUCCCGAAGCUACACCAAUCAAGAAGACAGGUGCACACAGCAGCCAAGAACCACCACCGCCCGGCGCCGGAGGAGAAGACGGCGGCGUGGACCGCAUCAGCGGCCUCCCAGACGCCAUACUCGGCGACAUCAUCUCCCUCCUCCCAACUAAGGAGGCCGCACGCACCCAAGUUCUCGCCUCCCGGUGGGCUCACCUCUGGCGCGCCGCCCCGCUCAAUCUCGACUGCCGCGAUCUCCCGGAAGCCGACGACGAGGUCCUCGCCGGCGUCGUCUCCCGCAUCCUCUCCGCCCACCGCGGCCCCGGCCGCCUCUUCCGUGUCCCGGCGCACCACGUCCACGACCGCGCCGCCACCGUGGAUGCCUGGCUGCGCUCCCCCGCCCUCGACAACCUUCAGGAGAUCGAGUUCUGCGACCAUCGUCGGCCGGCGCCGGAGCAACCACCGACGCCUCCGGCGUCCCUAUUCCGCUUCUCGGCCACCCUCCGCGCCGCCACCAUCUGCCGGUGCCACAUCCCCGACGGCGGCCCCGUGCAAGGGAUCCGCUUCCCCCAGCUCCAGCAGCUCGGACUCGUACGGGUUCGCAUCUCCGAGGGCUCGCUGCACAGCAUGAUUUCCAGGUCCAGCUUCCCUGCCCUGGAGUACUUGUUUCUUGACAGCAGCCAUGGCUUCCGUUGCGUCCGGAUCAACUCCACCAGCCUUCGAAGCAUCGGCGUCCGAACCGACUACUAUGGCCAGGACCUCCGUUGCUGUGUGCUCAACGUGUAG